ACAGAAAUGCAGGCACGCGCAAAAUGGCCGCACAGCGGCCCCCCGGUGCUGACGGGCCGGGGCGGCGGCAGCCUCUCCCACCAAACAUCCCUUCCUGAGCUGGUCUGGUCCAGCGGAUGAUACAAGCCAAACUCUGUCCCUGUACGGCCAAGGGCACUUCCGCGGCCAGAGUUUGGGAUCAGAAGCCGCUCCGCCGCCUUGCCUGCAGCGCAAAAGUCUCCCUGAACCGAUGAGUCCGAGCUGCCUGCACGUACCGAGACGCGGCAGCCGUUGCCCUUCCUCUGUCCUCGCAGGGGCAUGUGGCUCAGAAGGCUCUUGGCCAGGCCCCGGGGGCCGCAGCUGCCCCCCGUCGCCUCUUCUGCCCUCAUGCUGCUGCUCUGGCUGGUCUGGUGGACUGGCGUCGGGGAGAGUUUGGCCUUGGAGCCCAGCCUGCUGACCAGCCCCUCCCAAGCCUACCGCCUGGUCUCCUACUGCCUGUGCCACACGGACGCCGCCUUGCUCGCCGUCAACCUGCUGUGCUUCCCGCUGCUGGCCUGGCGCCUGGAGCGGCAGCAGGGCCCGCUCUGUUACCUCCACGCCGCGGCGGUGGGUGCCGCCACCUCGGCCCUCCUGUACCUCCUCCUCGCUGGACUGUGCGGCGCCCUGCCCGGCCCCGCCGUCGGCAGCUACCUCCCGGUGCACUUGGCCACGCUGGGGUGUCGCCAGCGUCACGGGGGGCGCUCGGGCUGGGCCCCCACGGCCUUGUUGGCUGGGUUGCUCCUCGCCCUCGGCCAGGUUCUUCCCCGCCGCCCUCCUCUCCUGCUGCACUUGUGUGGGCUGCUGAUGGGCCUGGCUGGCUGGGCCAGGAUUUUCUCCCCGCUGGAACUGUCAGAGCGGUGCCUGGAAACGCUCUGCCGCUGGACCCAGGGCCGGAGCUCCCUUCCCCCCUUCGUCUCGCCUCCAGCAGCUGGAAUCCUUCCGACCGUUGACCCGGCAGCCCAGAGGGAAAGGAUUACCCCUCCUCCAGAGCUCCAAACCCAGGACUUCUUUCCUGGUGACCUUUUCAGCCCGGCUCAUCAGCCAAUGCCACCUUCUGCCUUUUACUGGAGAGGAGAAAGUGCAGCGCUGGGUCAAGACCCCAGCUUGUCACCGGCUUCUGCUUCCAGGGCUCCCUUCUCAGCCUACCACGGGGCUUUGGACAUUCCUCUCUCAGCCCUGCAAGCAUCCCUGACAAAUGAAGAGCUGCUGCAAGCAGGAAUCCAGGCCUCUCUGCAAGACAUGGUGGAGGAAGAAGUGAAGCUUUCAAAAUCUUCAGUUUCUUCUCUUCGGCUUCAGCAGCUUCAGAAAAUGGGCUUCCCUACCAAACGGGCCGUGGUGGCCCUGGCAGCCACGGGCCACGUAGAGGGCGCCGUCUCUCUGUUGAUUGGAGACCACGUUGGGGAUCAGGCCGUGGUGACAGCGGCGAGCCGGUCCGAGCGUCCCAAGGGUGCCACGCCAGGUCCCAGCCAUGCAAACACAUACAGGCAUAGCAGCCUUGCUCAGAGAGCACAAAAGGUGUGGACGAGGAGCAGCUGAUAUUUGGGCUGUGGCUCUUUGGGAGAAGAUCAGGGGGCUGUUUUGUUCCACGUUAAUCUGGAAUAAAAAUCCAAUUCUCUCCUCA